GGUCUCCAGUACCAUUUGCAAUAUGGUACGAAUUGGCUCUUUUUUUGGGGUCUGUGCCUUCUCUCAGCCUCGCUUUCUUCUGCGUUGACUCUUCCCCAACAACCUCUUGGGGAAGGACCCGCAGAUGAAGUCUCGACGCUCAGUGAGAAUGCCUCUUUCGAAGAAGCAGAGUUUAACAUCACAGACUACACCUCCCUAGAUGAGUGGAAUCCCACAAAAUGGGACUAUGAUGUUGUCAUCGUCGGUGGCGGCCCUGCUGGGCUGGCGGCGUCAAUGUCUCUUUCUCGGAUAGCUCGCACAUCCCUCUUGUACGAUUCACAAGAAUAUCGGAAUGAGCAGACUCGGUAUAUGCAUGAUGUUCUUGGCCAAGAUGGCCAGGUACCCCUAAAGUUCAGAACAGCUGUUCGGAAGCAGAUCGAUGAAUUGUACCCAGACUACUCCUUCUGGGCUACGCGCAAAACAAAAGUCACAGGGAUCAUUCCACUGGAGAAGGGAUUUCGUGUCUAUGACGACAAAGGUGGAAAGGUUACCGCUAAACGGGUUAUCCUCGCCACUGGCAUCAAGGAUGUUCUACCAGAUAAGCCAGGCUUCGCAGAGGCUUUUGGCAGAGGCAUGUUUUGGUGCCCCUGGUGCGAUGGCCACGACUACAAGAACCGAAAAAUGGUUGUUUAUGGCAAUCUUGCCAGUGCUAUUGGGUCUGCUCUCAAUAUGAGAAAGCUGACAACCGACAUUACUAUCGUGACCGGAGGCGUGCUCACCAAAGAAGACAAAGAUGCUGCGGAAGCACGAUGGCCUGGGUGGGAAAAAACCAUUAAGAAUACCUACAAAAUCCCUAUCCGUGAGAAUGACAUCAUAAAGGUGGAGCGUACUUCGACCAACAUGGAGCCUAAAGAUGACGAAUACCGAGUCCACCUGAAUGGUGGUGCUCCUAACCCUUUGGUCACAAAUGGAAUCAUUAUCCAUGUCGGUACCGCUCAGACAUCCAGUCUGCAUAAGCAGCUGCGACUUGAAAUGGAUGGUAAAUCAGUGAAAGUGAAAAGCAAUAUGGAAUCUAGUAUCGGCGGGCUGUAUGUUGUUGGUGAUGCCAACAAUGAUGGCAGCACAAAUGCCUACCAUGCUAUGUGGAGCGCCAAGCGUGCUGCAGUCAGUGCCCAUGUCGCCAUGUCAAAGCAGGAGUACCUUGAAGAUGUCCCAUCAGCGAUGGUGGCAGCCGAAGGAGGCGAUGAAGACUUUUACCGUGCCCAGAUCGAAAACUUAGAAUUCCAAAUGGGUGAAGACAUUGAGCAGAUGUACAGGGCCUUUGGAGGUUAA